UCACGCACUCACGUCGGAGAGCGAGGCGGCGGUGCCGGGGAUUGGCUGGCCGUGGCUCAGCGGCACUUCAAAGCCGGCGAGGGAGCUACAAUUGUGGUGGAAUGGGCGGAACUGAUCAUUGUAUUGCACACCUCUAAAAAAAACACUGCCUCUGAUUUAUCAAUAUAAAAAAGAUCCUCUGAGAGGAGGGCACUUUUGUGUGAUGGCAACUUCACUUCUAGGGGAGGAACCGCGGGUAGGCUCCACGCCGCUGGCCAUGCUCGCCGCGACCUGCAACAAGAUCGGCAGCCCCAGCCCCUCGCCGUCCGCCCUUUCGGACAGCACGUCCUCCUUCGGCAAAGGCUUCCACCCCUGGAAACGCUCCUCCUCCUCAGCCUCGGCGGGCAGCUGCGGCGCCGUGGGCUCCGGCCUCCCGGGCUUCGGCGUGGCGGGCGCGGCGCGGAACGGCUCCUCGGCGGCGGCGGCGGCGGCGGCAGCGGCGGCGGCCGCCCUCGUCUCGGACUCCUUCAGCUGCGGCGGCUCGCCGGGCUCCAGCGCCUUCUCCCUCACCUCCAGCAGCGCGGCGGCCGCCAGCUCGCCCUUCGCCAACGACUACUCCGUCUUCCAGGCUCCGGGCAGCGCCGGUGGCGGCGGCGGCGGCGGAGGCGGCGGCGGUGGGGCGGCAGGACAGGAGGCGGCGGCGCACCAGCCCGUCUUCAUCUCCAAGGUGCACACGUCGGUGGAGGGGCUGCAGGGCAUCUACCCGCGGGUGGGCAUGGCGCAUCCCUACGAGUCCUGGUUUAAGCCCUCGCACCCGGGGCUCGGCGCCGGCGAGGUAGGCUCAGCGGGCGCCUCCAGCUGGUGGGACGUGGGCGCCGGCUGGAUCGACGUGCAGAGCCCCAACGGUGCGGCCGCGCUGCCCGGCUCGCUGCAUCCGGCGGCCGGCGGACUCCAGACCUCGCUCCACUCGCCACUGGGCGGCUACAACUCGGAUUACUCGGGCCUGGGCCACUCGGCCUUCAGCAGCGGCGCCUCCUCGCACCUCCUCAGCCCCGCCGGGCAGCAUCUCAUGGACGGAUUUAAGCCGGUGCUGCCCGGCUCCUACCCGGACUCGGCCCCCUCGCCGCUGGCCGGCGCCGGGGGCUCCAUGCUGGGCGGCGGCCCCGCCGCGCCGCUGGCCGCCUCUCCGCGCUCCUCCGCCCGCCGCUACUCGGGCCGCGCCACCUGCGACUGCCCCAACUGCCAGGAGGCCGAGCGGCUGGGGCCGGCGGGGGCCAGCCUGCGCCGCAAGGGGCUGCACAGCUGCCACAUCCCCGGCUGCGGCAAGGUCUACGGCAAGACCUCGCACCUGAAGGCGCACCUGCGCUGGCACACGGGCGAGCGGCCCUUCGUCUGCAACUGGCUCUUCUGCGGCAAGCGCUUCACCCGCUCCGACGAGCUGCAGCGGCACCUGCGGACCCACACGGGCGAGAAGCGCUUCGCCUGCCCCGUCUGCAACAAGCGCUUCAUGCGCAGCGACCACCUCAGCAAGCACGUCAAGACCCACAGCGGCCCCGGAGGCGCCGGGGGCCCCGGCGGCGGCGGCCCCGGCGGCGGCCCCGGCCCCGGCGGCAAGAAGGGCAGCGACACCGACAGCGAGCACAGCGCGGCCGGCAGCCCGCCCUGCCACUCCCCGGAGCUGCUGCCGCCCCCCGAGCCCGGCCACCGCAACGGCCUAGAGUGA